CAGAAACCCGGAGGCGGGCGGUGAACAGGGCGGAGUCUCUGAGGAAAGAAAACGGAUGGGUCAACACUCGGGUCCCCAGAGAUGUCUCCGCUACCGACGCUUCUGCUGUGGUUGCUGCUGCUGCUGACUGUGGAGCCUGCCAGCGCCUCGCUGAUCCGGAUCCCUCUCCGCCGAGUGCACACUGGACACAGGACUCUGAACCCACUGAGGGGAUGGGGGAAGCCAGCAGCGACCCCCGCUUUGCGGGCCCCCUCCCCUGGAGACAAGCCCACCUUCGUACCUCUCUCUAACUACAUGAAUGUCCAGUAUUACGGGGAAAUUGGACUGGGAACGCCCCCACAAAACUUCUCUGUCGUUUUUGACACUGGCUCCUCCAAUCUCUGGGUCCCGUCCAUAAGAUGCCACUUCUUCAGCCUGCCCUGCUGGCUCCACCACCGUUUCAACCCCAAGGCCUCCAGCUCCUUCCAACCCAAUGGGACCAAGUUUGCCAUUCAGUAUGCAGCUGGGAGGCUAGCUGGCAUCCUGAGUGAGGACAAGCUGACUAUUGGAGGAAUUAUGAAUGCAUCAGUGAUUUUUGGAGAGGCUCUGUGGGAGCCCAGCCUGGUGUUCACUUUUGCCCGCUUCGAUGGGAUACUGGGCCUUGCUUUCCCCGUUCUGGCCGUGGGAGGGGUCCGACCCCCACUGGAUGUACUGGUGGACCAGGGGCUACUGGAUAAGCCUGUCUUCUCCUUCUACCUCAACAGGGAUCCCGAAGCGGCCGAUGGAGGAGAGCUGGUCCUGGGGGGCUCCGAUCCGGCUCACUAUAUCCCACCCCUCACCUUCGUGCCGGUCACGAUCCCCGCCUACUGGCAGAUCCACAUGGGGCGUGUGAAGGUGGGCACAGGGCUGACUCUUUGUGCCCAGGGCUGCGCUGCCAUCCUGGACACGGGCACAUCCCUCAUCACAGGACCCACUGAAGAGAUCCGGGCCCUGAAUACAGCCAUUGGAGGAAUCUCCUUGCUGGUGGGCGAGUACCUCAUCCAGUGCGAGACAAUCCCCACGCUGCCCCCCGUCUCCUUCCUCCUUGGUGGGGUCUGGUUUAACCUCACGGCUCAGGACUACGUCAUCCAGAUUGUUCGGGGUGGUUUCCGCCUCUGCUUGUCUGGCUUCCAGGCCCUCGACAUGCCUCCGCCUGCAGGGCCCCUCUGGAUUCUCGGCGAUGUCUUCUUGCGGGCCUACGUAGCCGUCUUCGACCGCGGGAACCUGACGAGCGGGGCCCGAGUGGGGCUGGCGCGCUCACGCUUUGGGGAAACCGAACCACCAAGGGGUGGGCCCGCGCAGGCGCAGUUCUCCGGCUGGCGCCUCGGUUAGGCGCAGGCGCACCGAGUGGUAGUCGAGGCCCAGGUACUCCAUAAAAAUCCGUUCUUACCAUUGACUCUA